GAGGCGUUUGGGUCUGCAGGAGGCCUCAAAGUACGACGUCAUCAAAAUGUGACAAGAAUGCGGUCUCGUGUGUUAGCUGGUGGUUCGGCGUGCUGUGGUGGAUGUUAGGGCGGUUAAACAGGCUCGCUGUCUCGUUCUCGCUCAGAGUCCAUUUUAUUAGACAAGGACGGGUUUCUGUGUCGCUGUGUGAGAGAGCACAGCUCGGCCUCUCGUCCCGGCGGAGUUCAGCGAGCAGCGACAUGGAGACUAAAGAGGAGCCCGUCAGUGAAGCCACGGCGGAGCCGCAGGGGGACGCAGACGGAGACGGAGGCGGGCAGGAGAACCGCACAGGGAAACGGAAGAGUGAAGACACCGGCGACCAGUACACAGCAGCUAGCGGUAAGAAGCGAAAGGCUGGUAAACAGCUCCGGCCCGGAGAGAGGUACGUCCCCCCUCCCCGAAAACGCAACCCCGGCGUGAGCUUCAGCCAGGAGCACUUCGCUGAAACCUCGUACUAUUUUGAAGGCGGGCUUCGGAAAGUGCACCCUUAUUAUUUUGACUUUAAAACCUACUGCAAGGGGCGCUGGGUUGGUAAGACUCUGCUUGAAGUUUUCAGCAGUGAGUUUCGUGCUGAACCCCUGGACUACUACGCGAAGGCGGUUAAGGAUGGACGCAUUCGGUUGAAUGAAAUACCGGUGGAUGACCUAAAUAUAACCCUGAAGAACAAUGACUUUAUGAGGAACACUGUCCAUCGUCAUGAGCCCCCUGUUAUAGGUCGGUCACUGGAAGUGUUGGUGGACGAUGGUGAAGUCGUGGUGGUGGACAAGCCUGCGUCGCUACCUGUACAUCCCUGUGGACGCUAUCGUCACAAUACAGUCAUUUUCAUUCUAGGGAAGGAGAAAGGCCUCUGUGGCCUUCACACUGUGCAUCGUCUGGAUCGGCUCACUUCUGGCGUUCUUCUGUUCGCCCGCACUCUGGAGGUGUCAAAGAAACUGGACCAGAUGGUUCGAGAGAGACAGUUGGAGAAGGAAUAUGUUUGUCGUGUGGAAGGUGAGUUUCCAGAUGGUGAGGUGGUGUGUGAAGAACCCAUAUUGGUUGUGUCCUUCAAAGUGGGUCUCUGCAGGGUAGAUCCAAAAGGCAAAGAGUGCCGCACCGUUUUCCAGAAGCUCAGUUAUAAUGGCUGUUCUAGUGUGGUGCGCUGUCUCCCACUCACAGGGCGCACUCACCAGAUACGUGUUCAUCUCCAGUUCCUGGGCUUCCCCAUCCUUAAUGACCCCAUUUAUGGGUCUUCUGCAUGGGGCCCACACAGGGGCAAGGGUGGUCUUGUGGGUAUGAAUGAUGAGGAGCUGCUAGAAGCCCUUCUUGAAGAGCAUCGUUCAAAGGAGAGUCUGCACCUUUUGGAUAUUCCAGAUGAGGUUGUGUCAUUAAAGAGUGGCACAAAAGAAGGUACAAGUGGUGAUGCCCCAGUUAACAGUAAACCGCCAAUCAUGGCUGAAUCUCUAAGUGCUGCCUGUGAAGACGGUUCCUGUAAACUGCCAGUAGCAUCAUUACAGGCUGAGGAUUCUGGACCAGAGACCUCUGCAAAUGGCAUGGAAGGAGAAACAAAUGGUGCACAGAUGGAGAACAGCAAUUCUCACUCUGAGGAAUCAUCUAGAACUGCAAAUGCUAACAAGUUUGUCAGAGAUCAUUUGUGUGGGGAGUGUAAAAUUGUGCGACCUGACCCUACAGAGAAGGAAUUGGUUAUGUACUUGCAUGCUCUGCGUUACAAGGGGCCGGACUUUGAAUACUCCACACAAUUGCCUGAUUGGGCUAAAGAAGAUUGGGUACAAGAUUAAAUUACUUUUGGCCUCGGUUCUGUACUUUAUAUAUCUUUACUUACUGAAAACAGUGAGAAUAAAAUGACUUUCAUGUUGCUUUUAUUUAA